CCAAGGUCACCCCAAAAACGGAGAAACCCCUCCAAAGUUUCCUCCAAACUGGGGUUUGUGUAAUGGGCCUCCCUUCAUUAUCCUCCCCUUCGUACAUAAUUUUAUGUUGUUUAUUAUAGUCAGGUAAAUUUGUUUAGGUGGCCCCAAAGAGCCUGGAAGGGGCAAUGAAAACAGCCGAGGGUUGUCUCCAGCUUAUUUCUACUCAGAGUAGACCUGUUGUUGGAAUCAAUGGACCUAAGUUAGUCAUGUCUCUUAACUUCAGUGGGUUUGCUCUGAGUAGGAAUUAGCAUUGGAUAAAAUCCCGAUUUUCACAAUUCAGAAUUGGGUAAUGAACUGAGAAAAUAGCAGGAAAAGCCAGCAUUUUCUUUUUUAAGAAAUGGUGACUAGAGUUUCAGCACUCUGCAUGGAUCUACUUUGAGAUCUGCCAACUGGACAGACAAAUGAGAAAUGAUUACUUUGGUAUCUUUUGGAGAGUCUCUUGUUUGGGCCAGAAGCUGAUGGCCUCCAGUUCCUGGAGUUAGAAACAGCUACACCUAAGAUGGCCAAUCACUUGAAAUUCAUCGCUCGGACAGUGAUGGUGCCCAAUGGCAAUGUGGAGGCUGCCUAUCGAGUCCUCAACAGGGUCCUAACUAUGGACGGGAUCAUUGACAAGAGCAAGCGCCAACGGUAUUACGAGAAGCCCUGCCGCAAGAGGCAGCGGGAGGCGUAUGAGACGUGCCGGAGAAUCUAUAACACGGAAAUGGCUCGAAAGAUCAACUUCCUCAUGCGGAAGAACCGCUCAGACCCCUGGCUCGGUUGCUGAGCUUGGAAUGCACAUCCAAUCAUAGUAACUGCUGCAAAACCUAGAUGAGCUGUUUAUGACUUUUCUGAGCAAAGCUAACACCCCCCCCAUCCACUUCAGUGGAAUCUCUGAAAGACUGACUCCCCAUUUUUUUUGUUUGAAAAUAUUUUUAUGUUAUCUUUUUUUUAUAAAAAAAAUCAACAUUCUAUAUUGUUUGUCAGCAACAAACUUCACUAGUGUGUUACCGUUUGAUAUCUUGUGUGUUAAGCAAAAGUCGCUGGGCAGUCCAUCCCAAUCAGGAGGUGUUGACUUGGGUUGUUGAACGCUUCAGAAUUAUGGGGAGGAUCGGCCCUUUGCUGGGAGAACUAAUACAUGAGGCAGAGACUUUGUUGCAUACAGUUCUACAUGCUGGUAUGUUUGCUUUCUUGGGUAAACAUUUUAAAAAAUAAAAAGAGGCUUCUCCCUCGACAGUUGACAGACA